GUUUCUAAUUGAUGGAUAGAUAGAUAGAUAGAUACUAUUAUACUAACAUAUGAAAAGGUAUAUUCAUGUUUUUUAUAUGUCAGGAGAAUAUUAUAUCAGUGAUUAUUUGAUUUGACAAGAUGUGCAUUAGUUACCAAGCCAACACAUAAACACAAUCAUAGAUACAUGUAUAUCAAUUAAGAAAUAAUAAAAAAAAUUUUUUAAAUUAAAACUUGAUUCAUUAUUGAAUUUGAUUAAAAUUAUUUCAUUCCAUUAACAAAAUUAAAGUUAAUUCAUCUGAAUAUUUAUCAAGAUUGAACAAUAUGAAAUUAUCACUAAGUGAACAAGGAUGGAAUCGAUUAUUUCUUAUUUUAAAUGGUGUUCUCUUGGUAUAUAGUAUCAUUUUAUUUGCAUUAGGUAUUAAAGCACAAGAUGAUUUGGGACAAUUCAAGACAAUAUUACAAGGAAUUAAUCCACCUAUAUUACCAACGAUUAUAUUUACAGGAUUUAUUGGUAUAAUUGGUUCAAUUACUGGUUAUUAUAAAAUAAUGAAACCAAAUCAAAUUGUUAUUAUAUUGCAUAUCACUUGUAUGACUAUAGCAACAAUUACUGAAUUAUGUAUAUCAUUAGGUACAGUAAUGACACCAAAUGAAUUCAUAACAAAUGCUAAUUAUACAUUGAUGGAUUCAUUGAAUUAUUAUGAUAUACAUCCAUUAUAUCAUGAACAAUUCGAACGAUUACAAACUAAUUAUAAAUGUUGUGGAAGUUCAAUGUUUACAGAUUAUCGAAGAACUAAUGAUACUUUACCAGCAAGUUGUAAAAAUAAUGAAACUAUUUAUACAGUGGUAAGUCAAUUCAUUAAAUUGUAUAAAUUUGUUUAAGUGCAAUCUAAAUCUUCAUAAUUAUGAUAAAGUAAACAGUUUGAAUAAAUUUCACACAUGUAUUAAGAUUAUAAUACCAAGUGAAUUUGAACAAGCAAGUGCGUAUCAGGACUCAGUAGCUAAGUGGAUAAAGCGAUGGCGUUUGAAGCAAACGACACUGGCUUCGAGUCCCAGAGUGAACAUCAACUCUGAGAUGCAGGUACAUCCAGGUGACGAGUCGCAAAUAGAACGAAACGAGCGUCGUGGAUUCCACUGCUAGUCACCAUCCAUCAUUGCUUAUCAUAACAAUAUAUUCUGAAAAUUAUGAUAACAUAAUUCACACCAGUUUACAAGCAUGAUCAAUUUGAUAUAAAUAGUAACAUUGGAUGUUUUAAGUUUACUAGUUUAGUAAUUGUUUAGCUAGUACAUGUAUUUUAUAGCAAUGCAAUAAAUCAGCUGGGAACUUUUGAUUUUUCUUAAAUGGAAAUCUUGUUGAUUUAUGAAUGGUGUAUUUAAGGUUAUUUCCUGUGCCAGAAAGAAUUAAUGAUAAUUAUUUACAAUUAGAGAAAAUAAAAUGAAAACAGAGAGCAGGGAACAACAAAGCAAUAACUACUAGAAUAUAUCAAUCAGCAAACAUGGAUAGUGAAUAGCAGUGGAACACGCGUUUCGUCCUAUUUGGGACUCGUCAGCUGGAUGUAUCUGCAUCUGAGUUGAUGUUCACUCCGGGACUCGAACCCAGUACCUUUCGCUUCAAACGCCAUCACAUUAUCCAUUUACAUACUGAGUCCUGAUAGCCACUUGCAUGUGCAAUGUUGUGAAGUUUAAAUUCACUUAUUAAUAAUGCUUGUGAAUUAAGGCAUUAUCGAGGCAAUAUGCACACGAAGCAGUUAUGCCAAUAAGAGACUGAUUAAUUACAUUCCUGAAUAUCAAUGGGAAGAUACAAGCAAACAAUACCGAGAGAUUUUGUUAUAAUAUUCUAUUCAGUGAUCAUUCAGCCUAGAAAAUUUUGUAUUUGGUUAAAUGUUACAUUUUACUAAAUGUCAGAUUCAUUAUUACAAGAUACAAUACACACUGGAGUUAUUAUUAUCAUUAUUAUUAAUGAUUACCACUUUAGAACAAGAAAUACAAAUGAACAAUAUUGCUUUCGAUUAGAUCCUCAUCGGGCUUCACUCUAAUAUACAUUAAUAUUUAUGUGCAUGUACGAAAUUAUUGUAACAAUCAAGGCAGUUUAUGAGAACAUUUAAUGCAGCCAACCUCUGUCUAUCGUACUCGACCCGAUCUAUGGUGAUUCCCGAAAUAAAGGAUAAGUUAACUGGUUUUGCCACUUCUAUGUGUAUUUACGAAUUCAGCUGCUUCUAUGAAGGAAGCUAUAUUGGGCCCAAUGCCAGACAACUGAACCAAAGAUUUAGCGAACACCUCCCUUCGUGAUUAGGAAAAGGGUUGUGCUGAAGUAUUAAAUAAUUACACUUAUAAAUAUAUCGAUGGAAUAUUGGCUUUAUGUUUUAUAUUUACAAUAAUUAAAAUUAUUUAUAUAAUAAUUUCAAUUUGGAUGAUACGUAGAUCAUCUCAUGGAAAAGAUCCACACAUUCUUGAAUGUUGUUGAAAGAAAAUCUCAAUGUUUUCAUAUUUUCUAUUG